UCAAUAUCUCAUCUUCAUCUUCAUUUCAAACUACCUGCUUUUAGCUCUCCUUUUGAAUCAAUCUCCAUUUUUGGUUUUCGUAAAGUGAAAGGAUGUUAGGCAUUUUCAAGAAAGAAUUAAUGAAUCCUCCAAAGGAGCUGCAUAGCCCAGCUUCACUCACUUCAUCAAACAAGCCCAAGCUUCCCAAUCAAAUCAUCAACCAUUUCCUUUCUUCAAAUCCCAACAAUGCUGUCUCAAUGGGGUUCGGAUCCUCAGCUUGCUUUGCUUAUGCUCCCACAGAGAAUCGUUUCCCCAGUCAUCAAAGGUUGUUUUGUGGAGUGGAUGAAAUAUACUGCAUAUUCUUGGGGGAUUUGAAUAAUUUGAGCAGCCUGCUAAAGCAGUAUGGGCUGUCAAAGGGCACCAAUGAAGCCAUGUUUAUCAUCGAAGCAUAUCGGACCCUCCGAGACCGUGGUCCGUACCCGGCUGACCAGGUCCUUAAGGAUCUUGAAGGCAGCUAUGGAUUUGUGGUGUAUGAUAGCAAAGCUGGAAGUGUAUUUGCUGCAUUGGGUGCAGAUGAAAGGGUUAAUCUCUAUUGGGGUGUAGCAGCUGAUGGAUCAGUAGUUGUUUCAGAUAACUUGAAGCUUAUAAAAGAAAGCUGUGCUAAAUCAUUUGCACCAUUUCCACCAGGGUGUAUGUUCCACAGUGAGCAAGGAUUGAUGAGUUUUGAGCAUCCGAGGAGCAAAAUGAAGGCAAUGCCAAGAAUUGACAGUGAAGGGGUGAUGUGUGGUGCCAAUUUCAUGGCCGAUGCUCAGUCGAGAACAAGUAGGAUGCCCCGAGUUGGUAGCGAAGCCAAUUGGGCACUGCGAGGCUCCAAAGCUUGAAUAAUUCAAUACUAAAUGACCCACAUUUUAUUAUUUGUGUUUUUUUUUUUUUGGGGGGGGGUGUUUAUUUCCUCGUUUAUGAAAUUGUAAAAUGCCUUGUAAAAGGCAUGUUUGAUAAAUAAAAUGAAAAAAAAUUAGAAAAGAAA